AUAAGUCGACACACUACACCCUUUCGAACGCUGUUUUAUUUCAAAAUUACUAUUACUAUAACAGGGAUAUUUACAUAAUUCUUAUUCUGUAUAUUUACUUUGGAAACGUAUCGCAUUCAAAAUCCUUGAAAUCGCUUCACUGCCAUCUGCGAUAUCGCAUCCGUGUCUAUUGCGUAGUCCGGGUAUCUAUAAUUUCCGUAAUUCGUGAUGCAACGAUUUUGGCACCUGGCAGACGCCUUGGCUUGUGACAGGCAUCGACAUACUUCAAAUAAUAACGGUGAUAUUGAUCCGUACUUAUCCUAAAUCGGACAUAAUUUAGUUUAUGAAAACAAGGGCUGAUAUGACGAAAUUUCGUUAAAGCUUAAUAAAAGACUGAAUAAAAAGUAUUAGGUUAUGCCAAAUCUUCCUUAGUUCCUACGGUUAUGUCUUUUAGGUUAUGUUAUUUUGAUAAGAAAAUAUUUUAUCGUGGCCUGAAUGCACGCAUACCGAGUACAGUUACGCAAAUCUGGUUCGACUAAAUCGUGCAAACGAAACAGCAAUUUGGAAAGAAUCAUGGUUAAGCUCAUGGCCAUAUCGAUGAAGCUUUCCCUUUCCAUAAGAAAAGAUCGGCAAGUUUGAUUUUACAAGUUUCCUCGUUACUUGAAGUCAUGGAUUAUGAAUAUAUACCAUUCCAGAGGGAGAAAGAUAUUCAUAAUAAAUGUUGCGGGGGAAAGUUUUGGUGCAUCAAGGAUAUAUGUGGAAUUAUUUGUGCUAUAUUAACAUGGCUAUUGAUAAUUUAUGCAGAGUUUGUAGUGAUGGCGGUCAUCCUUAUUCCAAGCGUAAAUACACUUUACGCUACUUUUAACAUGGCCAUAUUUCAGUCAUUAGCUAUUUUGGCAUUCGCUUCUCACCUUAAGACAAUGUUUACAGAUCCGGGUGCUGUUCCAAAAGGAAACGCAACCAAGGAGAUGAUUCAACAAAUGGGAUUCCGAGAGGGCCAAGUUAUAUUCAAAUGCCCAAAGUGUUGUUCCAUCAAACCUGACAGAGCUCAUCAUUGUUCCGUUUGUCAAAGGUGUAUCAGGAAGAUGGACCAUCAUUGCCCUUGGGUUAAUAAUUGCGUAGGGGAAAAUAAUCAGAAAUACUUUGUACUUUUUACUUUUUAUAUUGCUGGCAUAUCAUUGCAGUCUCUAUUCUUGUGCGUUCAACAGUUUACCACUUGCGUUAGACAAGAAUGGAGAGAAUGUUCAACAUUCAGUCCUCCCGCAACAGUUGUGUUACUUUUAUUUCUAACGUUUGAAGCUCUACUCUUUGCUAUUUUCACUGCAGUAAUGCUGGGCACUCAACUACAAGCAAUUUGGAAUGAUGAGACGGGAAUUGAACAACUCAAAAAGGAAGAAGCUCGUUGGGUUCGAAACAGUCGAUGGAAGUCCAUCCAAGCUGUAUUUGGAAGAUUUUCUAUUGCCUGGUUCUCACCUUUUACGUCACCGCCAAAUGCCAAGACAAAACUCGACUCUUAUUUAUAUUCUGUAUAAGUUAUUUAUAAAUAUAUAAACAUAUAUAUUUAUAUACAUAUAUAACUAACACUCUAA